CGCUCCUUCUGACGCGCCGUGGAGGAGGAGCUGGGAGCAAGAAGAAGAAGCCGUGGUGAUGUUUACUCCGCAGGGCAAAGUGGGCUGGAAUGGGUGGUCCACGCCGUCCCCGUCCAACCAGCGCGCCGGUGGCGGCGCCCCGCCCGCGUCCGCGCCCCUUGGCAAGGCCAAGGGGACUUCGCAGCGAGCUGCCGAGCUCGAGGAGGAGUUACAUGAGUAUCAGUACAACAUGGGGCUGCUUUUGAUUGAGAAGAAAGAGUGGGCAGCCAAGCUUGAUGAAGUCAGCCAGGUACUCGCGCAGAAAGAGGAGAUUCUGAAGCGGGAGCAAGCUGCGCACUUGAAUGCUAUAUCAGAGUAUGAAAGGCGAGAAGAAAAUAUGCGGAAAGCACUGGGUGUUGAGAAACAAUGCGUAGCUGAUCUUGAAAAGGCAGUACGUGAAAUUCGUGAAGAGAUAGCUCUGGUUAAGUUUACUUCUCAGAAGAAGAUGUCUGAUGCUCAAUCUCUUGAGGCUAAUUUGGAGGAAAAAUCCUUGGAAAUCGAGGCAAAGCUCCAUGCUGCAGAUGCAAAGCUUGCAGAGGCCAACCGUAAGAAGUCACAGGCUGACCGCGAUUUAGAGGAGGUGGAAACUCGUCAACGUAGGAUGGAGAAGGAGAAGCUAUAUUUUGAGACUGAGAGGAAGUCCCGAGAGAAGCAACUCAAGGAGCAGGAGGAUUCUCUGCAGGACUGGGAGAAAAAGCUUAAAGAGAGUCAGAGUAGACUUGUUGAUUUGCAGAGAUCGGUAAAUGACCGAGAGGAGAGAGCAAAUGAGAACGACAAACUUUGUAAGGUAAAGCAGGGAGAACUGGAGGAGGCAAAAAAGAUAGUGGAGUCCACUAAAAUUAGUCUGAAAGCAAAGGAAGAGGAUAUUGCCAAAAGGCUAAAUGAAUUACGCUCACAAGAAAAGGAUGCUGACUCAAAGCGUAAGGCUUUGGAAGAAAGAGAGAGGAUGUUAUCUGAGAGGGAAGAAAAAGCUAGUGCAAGAGAAAAAAUGGGUCUUCAGAAGCUUGUCGAGGAUCACAAAGUGAAGCUUGAAUCAGAAAGACGAAAUUUUGAAUUAGAACUGGAGAGUGAGAAGAAAUCUUUUGAUGAGAAGAUGAAACACAGAGAAGCUGAUUUGGUACAGAAGGAAAAAGAGCUCAGGUCCCGGGAGGACAAAAUUUCUAAAAGUGAGCAAGCAUUAGACGGAAGGAAGAAAAAACUGGCAGAACUGCAGAAUGACCUUGAUACCAAGUCCAAAGCUCUGAAGAAGUGGGAUGAGUCACUGAAAACUGAAGACAAAAAGUUAGCGGAAGAAAAGCUGCAAUUGGAGCGCGAACGAAAGCAGGCUGAGAUGUACAUAUCUGAUAUUGAAAGCCUGAAGGCCACAAUAGAAGCUGAGAAGAAGAAAAUUUUAGAGGAGCAAAACAAUUUGAAAAUAACAGAGGAUGAGAGGCAAGAGCAUAGCCUUCUGACAGAACAACUGAAGAAGGAGAUUGAUGAGUACAGAAUGCGAAGCAACUCCCUCUCUGAGGAAACUGAAGAUUUGAGGAAGCAGCGGCAGAAGUUUGAAGAAGAGUGGGAGCAGCUUGAUGAGAAAAGAGCUCGGCUAGAAGAGGAGGCAAAGAAUCUCAAGAAUGAAAAAACACAUCUUGAAAGGUGGCGUGACAGUGAAGAGAAGAGAUUCAAGGAUGCACAAGAUGAAAUGGAAGCAAAAUACAGGGAGAGGCAAGAGAAUCUUGCACUCAAGGAAAAGGCUCUGUUGGAUGACAUAAAACACCAACGUGAGGAGAUCGAUGAAGUUCUGAAGAAAGAACGUGCUGAUCUUGAGCGUAAUUUGCAGCUCCAUCGCCAUGAACUGGAGAUGGAGAUGGAGAACAGACUAGCAAAGAAAGAGAAGGAACUGGAAGAGAAAGAGAAUGAGUUAAAUAAGAAAAGGGAUUUUGUAGAAGAUCAACUAAAGCAUGCUAUCGAUUUGAAUGAGUCCAAGAUUCAGAAGAUAAUAUUGGAGAAACAACAGUUCCAGAGGGAAAGAGAUGUCCUAGUGGAGGAGAAGCAAAAAUUGGAAACUGACAGGGCAGAUAUUAGGAAAGACAUUGAUAGUCUAAAUGAACUCAGCAAGAGUCUGAAAGCUCGUCGAGAAGCAUACAUCACGGAGAGGGAUAACCUCAUCGCUAUGUUUGAAAAAUACAAGGUUUGCAAAAGCUGCGGGGUUUCUAUUUUUGAGGGCUUUGGUGAUCUAGACAAUGCUGAUAUCGACAUCCCAAGUUUGGCUGUUGAGGGAGAUGAUCGUUCCCCGAACACUGAUACCUUGGCUGAAGACACGGGAAUGCGUGUUAAUUCAGCUGGUGGUUUCUCAUUGUUGCAGAAGUGUUCGAGGCUUUUCAAGUUUUCUCCUAGGAAAAAGGCUGAGCAAUCAUCGGAACAGGAAGAGGAAAGAAACAUUCCUUUUGGUGAAAGACUAGAGGAAGCAUCGCCUAGUGAAGAUUAUGAGCCAACUCCUGUCUAUCAGGUAGCAAAUAAUUCGUUUGAAGCUGAGGAUCUCCCUGCUGACACUGGAGCAAGGGGGAAUGAAGAAUCUGAGAGGCUUGAUAUAGCAGAGGAUGUGCAGAUGGAGCCUUCUGCUGGGUUGGCAGAUAAUGAAGCUCAGUCAUUUGGUGGCGCUAAUGACAUGGCAGUUGACACAACAAUUGCCUCUGUAGACCAAAAUGGAAACGACUCAACAGCUCCCCCUGAAGAAGUAGAAUUGCAACCUGAAACAUCUAAGCAAGGACGGCGCCAACCAAAUCGGAGGGGUAGACCAAAAGGUGUGAAAAGGACAAAUUCUGUUGCUGCGGUAGUUGCAGAUGCUAAAGCAAUACUUGGUGAGAACUUCGACGUGAAGGAUGACGAUCAGGAAGAUUCAGUUACUGUUGGUGGCACAAGGAAGCGGCGCCUUGCUGGAGUCGCAAUUAGUGAGCAAGAUGAAGAAGUCAGCGAAGCACAGUCUGAAAGUGUUUCAGUUGGUGGGCAGCGUCGCAGCAAGAGGCGGCAAGCGGCUGGCCCUUCGACGCAAACCCCAGGGGAAAAACGCUACAACUUGAGACGCACUACAGUUGCAAAAGCAGCUCCAACCGACAAAAAGAAAACUUCGAAGACAGGAACAAAGCUGGCGGCAGAAGCUGCUGCUGAUGAUACGGAAGGAACCUCUAAAGUUGAGGAACCUACUGCUAGCAAGAUGGCAUCUGAAUCAGCUGACGGUGCAUCGCAGUUGCAAGAGUUCUCCCAGGCUGAAACUGUUGAAGCUGAUGCUCGUGCUGGUGAGGAGUAUGGUGAUGUUGUUGAUGGUCAAGCUGCGAUGGCAGAGGUGAUGCCUGCGACACCAUCAGGAAGCGAGCUCGUGGUUGACGAAGAUGACGAGGAUGAGGAUGAGGACGAGGAUGAUUCAGCGAAGCGGAGCAGAUCAAUCGGGAAAACGCUAUGGUCUUUCUUCACGACAUAACAAGAGUUGCCAGAGGGUUUUCUCUGAUGAUUAGGAGGGUUGUUUCUAGCGUUUUCAGUUUUCUUUUUUUGGAUUCGUGAUAUGCCAUUCUUGGGACUCACUGUAGGUUGUGCGUGGUUUGGUGAUAAUGAUGUAUUGGUAGGAUUUCCACUGGUUAUUGUCGUGCGUGUCAUGUAAUUGGAAUAUAUCUGUAGUAGACAGAGAGGAGACAGACAGACAUAGUUUGAAUGGCGCUCACAGAAGUUAGCUGAUGCCCAUGUGUACUCUAAAGGCAGCGAUGAUGCCUGUAACAGUCGGUCGGUCAGGAGUUGAGGUUUGUAACUGCUGUUCCUUAUCCAGAUUACUUGGUUGACCUUA